CAAUCCAAUCAUGACCAGAUACAAUUUUAAUUUUUAACAGUCAUAAGCUUGCUCUGUCUUUGCCUUAAGCAGCUAAACCCUGUCUUCUGUAACUUCAGACAACUCACUCACUCUCAAGGAUGGGGGAAGAGAGAGAAAGAGAGAGAGAGUAAUUAAGUGGUAAAGAGACUAAAAGAGUAGAAGAGAAGAGAGAUGGAAGGGGAUAGCUUAAGCUGGGACUAUCUGCUGGUACCAGUGGGUCUGUGUGUGUUGGGAAUAUACCACAUUUGGCUACUCAUCACAGUUCAACGAAAUCCCACAAAAACUGUGAUGGGCCUCAAUUCUGCGGUUCGCAAACAAUGGGUCUUCUCCAUGAUGGAUGUUAGUCCCCCUUUCUCUUUCCUUUUAUGUUUUCCUUCUGCAAUUUACAGGCUUUCUUUUUUAGAAACCAAAACAAAAAAAAAAAAAAAGGUAGAGACUUUGGUAAGUAAAACUUUUGAGAAGGAUAAUGGUCAAUGGGGGAGAAAAACCAAUUGCAUUUCCUUCAUAUAUACAAUGAUCAGUGUGUUUGUGAGCACCAGCUCCAGCUCUAGCUGUGACAGCACUGUAUCACAACAAUUAGUUUAUACCAUCCCUCUUUCUUCAAUCAAGUGCUUCUGCAUUUUGCUCUGCUUUCUUGUUGGAUUUCUCUGCAAUGUGCAGUCUACUAGAUACUUUGCCCAUGCUAGCUUCUUGGCUACUCUGCCAACAGGGAAAGACAAAACGGAUUACAUUGAAUAUGUUUCGACAACUGUGAAUCGAGGAAGUUACUUUUGGUCCCUUGGAUUGCGAGCAUUCUACCUCUCAAUUCCUCUCUUUCUCUGGAUCUUUGGGGCAAUUCCCAUGUUUGUUUGUUGCUGCAUAAUGACAAUUGCUCUCAUUAUACAACCACCAGUUUUACACAACUUAUUCACAGCCAAUCCCUCAAAGAGGAAGGGAGAACCAAUGAUGUCGAAUCAAUUGGUCAAUCGUCGGCAAAUUCUGGUUUUGAGGACUUUCUCAUUCGGCGUCCCCUACUUACGGAUUAUGACUCAGUUUCUGCCGCUAAUGUUGCUAGAUAGUGUGUAAUAUGUUUCUGUUGCUGGUUGCUAAGUCUUCCUAAUAGCUAUUUGCUGUGUUCUGUACUUCCCAUCUCUGCAAGCAUUGCAUAGGCGUGAAGGCUGUCUUUGUGUUUAUUAAGCUUGGCAAAAAUGUGCUAUCUUCUUGCUCUGCUGCACUGAGUCCUGGUUAUCUUUCUUUUUCUAAAUCUCAAAUACCCAUUAGGUGGCUUUCACUGCGGGUGCAUCCAGGUCGAAAGUUAUAAAUUAUACUUGUUAUGAACCCUCCUUCUCCUUUAAUCAAGAGAGAAUUUUAUUUUA